AUGGUCAAAUACUUUGGAAAGCACUCGUUCAAGCAAUUCAUCCGAGGUAAACCAAUCAGAUUGGGAUACAAGAUAUGGUCGCUGAACAGCAAAUACGGAUAUCUUGUGAAUUUUUCCUUAUAUCAAGGCAAAGAUAGGCGCGUGAACGAAGAAUACCAAAUUGUGUUUGGAAAAUCUACCGCUACUUUGCUGAUGCUACUGGAUGAGUUACCAGAAGAAAAGAAAAAACAGCGAUACAACCUAUUCACAGACAAUUUAUUUACAAGAUUGCACCUUCUUAGUCAUCUGAAAUCAAGAGGUUUCUCAUCCACAGGAACCAUUCGCGACAACCAAAUCCCUAAAAAUUGCCCGUUAGUAUCCAAAAAUGAUAUGAGUAAGAAAGAACGUGGUGACUUCGAUUCUUGCUUGGAGAGAACUAACGGAAUUUUACUAACGUGUUGGACUGACAAUAAUGUAGUUUCAGCAGCUUCGACCAAAUAUGGGGUAGCCCCACUUGCUAGUGUAAAACGAUAUUCAGCGAAGGAGAAAAAAUUGUUCAAGUAA